AUGGACGAUGCACAAAGUAUGAUUGCUGUUUUUGUCUUCCCUCUCCCUGGAGAUGCUGCUGUCUGUCACUUCAGUGCUCAGAUUGGACAGACACAGAUUGUAGCUGAGGUGAAGGAGAAACAGAAGGCUCGUGAGGAUUAUGAUGAUGCGCUGAGCUCCGGUCAGCAGGCCUUCCUGUUGGAGGAGAGUGAGCAGAGUCCAGAUAUAUUCACUUUGAGUGUGAGCAGUCUGCCUCCAGGAGAGAGCGCCUCCGUCAGGCUGGAGUACGUCACUGAGCUGGCUGUGCAGGCGGAUGACGGGCUGAGGUUUUGUCUGCCUGCUGUGCUCAACCCUCGCUACAAACCUCAGGGUUCUGAAGGUGCUGGUGUGCAGGUGACCUCUGUUCCAGCCUCUCUGGUUCCCUACAGUCUGUCCUUUUCUGUCCGAGUGUCGUCUUCUCGUCCAAUCUCCAAAGUUGAGUCCAGCUGCUCUCUGGAGUCUCUCCAGUACGUCAACACAGAGCAGACGCAGGCCAGGGUCAAGUUGGCUGCAGGACACAAGUUUGACAGAGAUGUUGAGCUGCUGAUUUAUUACAGAGAUGCUCACAAGCCCACUGCUGUGGUGGAGGCAGGACAAGCCUCUGCCAAACCUGGGAGUCUGAUGGGCGAUCCAGUCCUGAUGCUGAGCCUGUACCCUGAGUUCCCCAAGUCUGUGAUGUCUUCACUCGCCUCACGUGGAGAGUUUGUGCUUCACCUGGAUCGAUCUGGGAGUAUGGAUUGUCCAACAAGUGACACCAAGCUGCAAGAAUCUCGAAUUGCCAGUGCCAGGGAUACUCUACUGCUCCUGUUGAAGAGCUUACCAAUGGGCUGCUACUUCAACAUCUACAGUUUUGGUUCCGGCUUUGAACACAUCUUCCCUAAGAGUGUGGAGUACAUUGAGAAGAACUUAGAAGAGUCACUGAAGAAAGUCAAAGCGAUGCAGGCAAAUCUGGGAGGAACAGAGAUCCUUGAACCCAUUAAACACAUAUACAGCCAGCCCUGCAUUCCUAAUCAACCUAGACAACUUUUUGUCUUCUCUGACGGAGAAGUGUUCAACACCAAAGAAGUGAUUGAUCUGGUGAAGAAGAAUUCAGGUUCCCACAGGUGUUUCUCUUUUGGGAUCGGGGAAGGAGCCAGCUCUGCUCCUAUCAUGGGUUGGCCAAGGAAGGAGGAGGUCACGCUCAGUUCAUCACAGGAACCGACAGGAUGCAACCUAAAAUAAGAAAGACAUUAAACAUGGCAAAACUGUUGCGUUUCACACUGCUGAAACAACUCAAUACAAAUCAUGG